GUCUGCUCCUCAGAAGCAGGGAGCCAAAGGCAGACGGCGCGUCGCUGGAGCCAUCAUGGGGGUGGAAGUGGAGACCAUCACCCCAGGAGACGGACGGACAUUUCCAAAGAAAGGACAGAGUUGUGUGGUCCAUUACACAGGUGAUUGAGACGUCGUAGUGUGUGCAUGGCCUGAAAUUAAAAGAAACACCAGCUGAAAGUCCUCUUAAGCCUUUCAUUGCAUGGAUGGCUCCCUGCCAGCAAAAGCUAGACUCGAGAAUGUCAGCAGCUCUUUCUUCCUGCCUGGGGCAGAUUCCUCCUUCAGUCACAAGUGAUGUCUUUUAAAAAGAAGGCUGGCAAUUUUCUGAAGACAGUUUUCAACCUAUGCCCCUGCUAGAAGUCAUGGGAUGCUACAAAACGGAAAGAAGUUUGAUUCCUCCAGAGAUCGAAACAAGCCCUUCAGGUUCAAGAUCGGCAGACAAGAAGUCAUUAAAGGAUUUGAGGAAGGAGCUGCACAGAUGAGCCUUGGACAAAGAGCAAAGCUAACGUGUACCCCUGAUGUCGCGUAUGGACCCACAGGCCACCCUGGAGUUAUCCCGCCUAACGCUACUCUCAUUUUUGAUGUGGAGCUGCUUCGGAUAGAGUAAAAUGGUGUGACUGACCGACGGCAUCUGCUCACAACCAUCCAUGUGUUCCCCCUUUCCUUUUAAUGGGAGGAAUCUCAUUCAAAUUUUGACCAUCUUCAUUCAGACUGUCAUGCCAAGCAGUGCCACUUCCUGAAGUUGUAUACCCAUUCUCUCUCCCACCUCACUUUUUUACUGUGGUUGUUGGUGUAUUUGUCCGUUUAGAUGCUUCUUUGCUGUGGGGAUGGGGAAAUGGCUGUAACAUUUUUGAGUUGUACAUUUUAUUUUUGAUUUGCAUGUGAAGCUUCAAAAUUGUGAUUAAAACUAUAUAUACAUAUAUAGAUAUAUAUUUAAGAAACGUAUGAAUAGAGAUGACUUAUUCAAAAACCACUGCCUUACUAUACACUUAAAAAAAUAAAACAUACUAGGGUGCUCAGACAUCAAGUGUACGUUUUGUACACAUUGGGGGCAUUAGCCAAACCAAGUUACCUGCGCUGCCACUUUUUCCUCAACUUGUAUGUUCUGCUUGCUGCUGUUUUAAAUAAAAUGUCUCAUAUGGAAACUUUUCAAGAAGGAAAAUAAAAUAUUAAUACUUA